AUGAAGAAAUCAAAGAUUACACCACUUCUCUUCACACUCCUCACCUUCAUCGAUAUCUCGACUGGCGCCUCCAAUGUAUUCAACGUCGUUAGCUUCGGGGCCAAUCCGGACGGAGUCACGGAUUCAACUGCAGCAUUCCUCAAGGCAUGGCAAGCGGCUUGUGGCUCGGCAGCUUCAGCCACUAUGAUGGUUCCGUCUGGUACAUUUCUAGUGAAGACAAUAACAUUUGGAGGGCCAUGCAAGAGCGAACUCAAGUUUCAAGUGGCUGGCACAGUUGUUGCUCCAGCAGAUUACAGAGCAUUUAGAAACUCCGGCUAUUGGAUUCUCUUCAAAAAGGUUAGCAAAUUCUCACUUGUUGGUGGAACUUUCGACGCUCGAGGUAACGGGUUCUGGGCUUGCCGGAAAUCUGGUCAGAGCUGUCCUCCCGGUGUAAGGUCCAUAUCGUUCAGCUCGGCAAAUGACGUGAUCAUAAGUGGAGUGAAAUCAAUGAACAGCCAGAUGACCCAUAUGACCCUCAACGGUUGCACCAAUGUGGCCGUCCGUAACAUCAAGCUAUUGGCUCCGAAAAACAGUCCAAACACCGACGGCUUAGACGUUCAAUUAUCCACCGGAGUCACAUUCACUGAAAGUACAGUUCAGACUGGAGACGAUUGUGUUGCUAUCGGCCCUGGCACCCGCAACUUCCUCAUCUCCAAACUUGCCUGUGGCCCAGGUCAUGGAGUUAGUAUUGGGAGCUUGGCAAAGGAAUUGAACGAAGAGGGAGUAGACAAUGUGACACUAUCGAGUUCGGUAUUCACGGGCACACAAAACGGCGUGAGGAUAAAGUCGUGGGCGAGACCAAGUACUGGAUACGUUAAGAACGUCUUCUUUAAAGACCUAAUCAUGAAGAACGUCCAAAACCCUAUCAUAAUCGACCAAAACUAUUGUCCUGACCACAAAGGCUGCCCUACCGAGCAUUCGGGGGUGAAGAUAAGCCAAGUGACGUAUAAGAACAUACAAGGAACGUCUGCCACAAAGCAAGCGAUGAAGCUGGUAUGCAGCAAGAGCAACCCAUGUACAGGAAUCACAUUACAAGACAUUAAGCUUACUUACAAAAAAGGAACUCCUGCUACUUCCUAUUGUUUCAAUGCUGUUGGGACUAGUCUCGGUGUUAUUCAACCUACUAGUUGCCUUACCCGAUAA